GAGAGAGAGAGAGAGAGAGAGAGAGAGAGAGAGAUCUGGGACGUUAGGACCAAAUGGAUAAGGAAAGGAGGUAGACAAAGACUAAAGGGAAGAGGAGACCUAGAAGGAUGCUGUCUGAACAAAGUCAAGAUAAGAUGAAUGGGCAGAGAUGAGAGUGAUCCAUAGCCUGACCUCUUUGCCUCUCAUUGUCGAGAGCUGGCAAUGGGCUGUAGUUCUUGGCUGGUAAUAAAUGAACAAAAUAUUGAUUUCUAUAUAGUUCCUAUUAAUUGGUAGAGACAUUUCUCAAAAUGAGACUUCCAUGGAGAAAGAAGUAGAAUGUAGCAAGCAUUCCUUGAUGGCUUUCAUGAACUGCACCCUAUGUAUUUCAAGAUCAAGCAGUAAAUGGCUAUGAGCUAUCCCAGGUCAGCAAGAAGACAGAUCUGAGGUGAUGUCAGAUCUUAGUCCAAAGUAGGAUUUUGGAGAAUUGAGCUAUCUGGGAACCAAAAAGGGACAUGGAACCACUUUGGGGUUGCAAUGUGGUGAUGGUAAUAAGGAUGCUGGAACAGGGCCUGCUCUGGAAAGUUGGACCUUCAGGUCAAACUAAGGUGACAGAAGCAAAGGGAGGCUCUUGGCUGUUUGUACUUGGUGCAGAGGGGGCUGGAGGAGAGAUUAUGGAGGCAGGGCACCUGAAUCCUAGGUUCUUCAAGGUCCCAGCAGGAAGUAAGUCUAGUCUAAGCACACAGGUUGGGGAAAGAAACAUUCAGCUGGCUAGGAAAACCACUGUAAGCUACAAUUCUAGGAGCAAUCCUAGGUUUUUCUGUUUGUUGAGACGGGGAAAGCAGGUGUGGAAAAGAAGGUAGUUUGAAUAAACUAGGUCUGAAAUGGUCACAGAGUUUACAGGCAGCUGGAGCUCAGGAGGGAGGUCCAGGCUGCGGAGCGGGCAGUGACGUUUAGAGAGGGGAGGAGGAGCCUGAGGAGGAGGCAGGACCGAAGCAGCUAAGGAGGCAAGAAGACAAGUUCUGUGCGGCCCCUCCAGGUCCUAUACUGCGGAGCUAUCCAGCCGCUGAGUGCAGCCCCGACAAUGGGUAAUGUGCAAGAGCGGCCUUCAGAGACAAUCGACCGCGAGCGGAAACGCCUAGUAGAGACACUGCAGGCUGACUCCGGGAUAUUACUGGAUGCGCUGGUGGCACGGGGUGUGCUCACUGGGCCUGAGUAUGAGGCACUGGAUGCACUGCCUGACGCCGAGCGCAGGGUGCGCCGCCUACUGCUGCUGGUGCAAAGCAAGGGCGAGGCUGCCUGCCAGGAGCUGCUGCGCUGUGCCCAGCAAACCGUGCGCGUGCCGGACCCUGCCUGGGACUGGCAGCUCGUGGGCCCGGGCUACCGCGACCGCAGCUAUGAUCCUCCAUGCCCAGGCCACUGGACGCCUGAGGCACCCAGUUCGGGGACUCCACAUCCCGGGUUGCCUAGAGCUUCAGACCACGAAGAAGCCAGGGAUCCGGAAGACUCCGGAGUGAGGCAACCAGAGACUCCAGAGGAGCCAGAUCUGGAAGCUGAGGCCUCUGAAGAGGCUGAGCCGGAACAGGAACCUGAGAUGGAUCCAGAACCAGAGCCAGAGCCCGAGCUGGAGCCAGAGCCAGAACCUGAACUGGAGGCUGAGCCUGAUCCAGAGCCAGAGCUCGAACCUGACUUUGAGGGGGACGAAUCUGAGAUGUGAGGCUGCCCAAACCCUAUGUGGACUGGUGGAAGGCAAGGCUUGUGCAGUGCAGCCCACCCCCCCCCUUGACCACUGUUCCCUUCACCUCUAGAUUCCUGAAGGUCAGAGUGCUGACCUGUCCUUUGCAGCUGAAGUCCCAGCUAGACAGGGCCCAGGACCCUGCUGGAGCUACAUUUGAUGCCACCAAGGCUCCAUUUGGCCUGUUGGAAGUGAAUAAACUCCAGAGGGUCAGAGUGGA